AUGAGCUCAAUCGCAACCGACCUUGCGCAGCGUCGCGACGACUCAUCCGAGCUGGUCUCGGUCGAAUCGACCGGCCGAACCGGAGCAAAUGGCGACGACCCGCCAGAAGUCACCUUUGCCUCCAGAGCGAUUCAAUUCUUUGCGACUGCAACGCCGGCAACUCUUGCAGGAUUCGGCGUCGGAGUCUCUGCAGUGACGUAUGCCGUUCUUGGGCGGCUUGGUCUCGUGUUGAUAGGGGCAUUUGGCGGAGUGGUCUCCUUUAUCAUAUGGGAGUCGAAGAACCCUGAAUUUGCAAGGGCAAUUCGCGGCGAGGACGGGCCACAGGUAUUGGAUAGGGUUUGGACAGACUUGAAGGCUGUAAGAGCCGUGGAGAAGCAGGAUGAUGACGAUGACGACGAGCAGUACCGCAUGCGAGGCUUUGACGACUUUCGUCCAGAAACGAGAGAGGCGCUGAGUGGCUUGGUCGACGCCAUUGUUCAAAACUACAUCAAGUGGUGGUACAACCCCCUCGUCCCCUCAGAUCACGCCUUUCCUCUCGCUGUCCGCAAGACCAUCACGUCCUAUCUGUUGGCGAUAUCGAACCGGAUGAGCCGUAAGCGACCGGCUGAUGCUUUUCUCGAUCUCCUGACCAAUUCAACGUCCAUGGUUAUCGUUUUCCUUUCGGAACUAGCCACUGCUUUCGCUGAACUGCCCCCCGACACAAACAUAACCGCUGCUGAUACUAUAUACAAUUAUCUGGCGGAAAACCCUGACAGCCGCCUUGCCAAUCUACUCAACAAGCGGCAGCAGGCAACGAAAUUUAAGAUGGUGUCUGAGGACUUGCUUGGGUUCCUGGACAAGAGUGCCUACAACUGCGAUCCCGCACGGAUUUUCUUGCGGGAGAUUCUGGCAAAUUCGGUGCUUGAGCAGACGCUACAGCAAUGCAGCAGGGCCGAGUGGAUCAAUGGGUGGAUCGUAUAUCUCUUAGAAGCAGGAGAGCCCAACUUGAAUCAAGCAAUUGACGUUGGCAUGCAGACUGGCCGCGACGUGGCUAACAAUGUCUUUGCCGACUUGGAUGGCAAUGUUGGUAAUGUCGGCAUCGCGAAGCCUCGGCGCGGCAGUAACGACCAAGGCCAGGCUCGCCGGAAAGAGUCUUCCCACAAGAAGAAACUGAGCAAAGCAGAUGAGGAGCUGGAAGAGGCCAUGGAAGAAAUGAAACGAAUGAAUGCCAUGAUUUUGGAGGAUGACGCACGACGGAAAAGAGCAUCCACAUUAACGGAGGCAUCCGAGCGCUCUAAGCAGAGCAUGGACUUGGCGACUGCAGAUGGGGAGGCCCAGAAGAAUGUCUACACUCCGCAUACGCCGCGAUCUACCACUGAUUCCAUCAGCCAAGCAUCAUCUCCGCAAGAAAGCAAAGACCAGUCAUUUACAAGCUUUGAUCAAAUUGUGCCCCCAGGCCAACCAGAUAGCGAUGAGGAUUCGCCGAAAAAGGCACCGCUUACUCUGCACAACGCUUCCUUUACGCUACAUGACGAUGGUUCAGGGGACACGGGGAAGAUCAAGAGCAAACCAAAUACGGACUACUUGAUCCAGGUCGAGCCAUCGUCCUCUCACUACCCCGGUUGGAUGAUUGUGAGGCGAUAUUCAGACUUUGAGACGCUACAUGAGAUCCUGAGGCGCAUUGCUGCAGUAUCUGGCGCAACCGCCUUCAUGGAGCUUCACAAGGAACUGCCCAGCUGGAAGGUUCACACCAGGGAGUCUCUUCGUGGCGAACUAGAGAGGUAUCUACGAGAUGCUUGUUGGUAUCAAGCCCUGGCAGAGAGCGAGGGCAUGAAGCGAUUCCUCGAAAAGUCUCAGGGACACACGCACGGCAACUCCAAGUCAUUUGGCUGGGAAACAAUGGGCAAGAACAUGCUCGAGGUUCUAUCCAUCGGUCCCAAAGGAGCCAUGGAAGGCGGUAAGAGUCUUGUUGGCGGCGUUAGCGGCGUCUUUGGCAACUUGGCUGGCUUGAAUCGAAAGUCGACUGCCCAGUCUAUCGACCUUACGGCGAAUGCGAAUCGACUGUCCAUAUCAUCAACAACAGGAAACCGAGUCGAUAGCAUUGCACGGUCACCUGCGAGAUCGGAGCGUGCCAGUCUCGAUAGCCAGAGGUCGUCGGUGAUUGCUACCCAGCCAGGCCGGGUUGCACCGAUGGAGCGAAUGCUAAGCUUCCAGUCUCCAAACACCAGCGAGACGGACUUGCGACUAGGCCAGAGAGGCCGGUUGGACUCGAUAUCUACUUCGGUAAGUGCUCGACCUAGCAGAGAGCACAGCAGAACAUCCAGCCUGGCCGCUCUCCGGUCACCGUCGUCCAUAAGCCUGGACUUUACCAAGCUCCCGCCGCCGCCGGAUGAGAUUAGCGAUGACUACGAAUCAAACGAGUUUGAUGCCAAGCCUCGUAGAAAGGACCUCGGUAUCAUGGAGGAUCACAGUCGUAACAAUAGUUCGGCAGCCUUGAACGGGUCGGCGUCGGCGCCGGCCUUAUCUGGGAAAAAGAGCCCGGCAAAGCCCGCUCGUCAGUUCACACAGCUAAGCGAAGCGGAAACGCGGGUUGCUGUCGAGCUCAUCUUUGCCGUCAUCAACGAAAUGUACACCCUCUCGUCGGCCUGGAACAUUCGUCGUACGCUCCUCACGGCGGCAAAGUCGUUCCUGUUACGCCCUGGCAACCCCUCACUCCUAACGGUGCAGUCUCUUAUUCAGGCAUCUGUGAUAGACGCCAACACCUCGGAUGCAGGGAUUGCAUCCGGGCUACGCAAAGUGCGGGAGAACACCAUGCCCACAGAGCAGGAGCAAGCAUCCUGGCCGGAGCCGUUGACUGAAGAGGACAAGAAGCAACUGGCCAUCAAGGCCCGUAGGCUUCUGAUCCAAAGUGGAGUACCAGCGGCACUGAUGGGCGUCAUGGGGCAGUCGGCCACAGGCGAGGCCCUGGGGCGUGUAUUCGACUGUUUGCAAAUUGAGGAAGUAGCCCGAGGACUAAUUUUUGGCCUAAUACUGCAGGCAGUGAGGGUUCUUACACACUGA